AUGGAACUACCGACUAACAUAACCUUCACUUUGAAAAAACAAGGUAACUCCUAAACGACGUAAGGUCAGAAGUAAUCAUAUUAUAUCCAAAUGAUUAGAACUGAUUACACAUUUGGACAGCUUAAAUGUCGCGGGUAAGAAAGUUUGCACACAGGAAAUAAACAUGAACAUAAAACCCUCUUUUAGAAAACUCAGUCUCAACAACAUUUUAAGAAAUGCAUCACUCCAUCUUUCGGGGUAACAAUUUAGGCCUUUUUAGAUAUAAAGUCAAUCUCUCUGCUAGGACUCUACCAACAGAAAUUGUUUGCUGUGGAAUUAUUUCCCAAUAAUUAUGAGGAAAAUAUUUCCUUUGACAGCGAUAACUUUUGUGACUUCGCGUAUGUAAUGAGAUAAGUGUCAAAUUCACGAGCUUUUAACGAGAGGAAGUAAAUACACAACUGAAGUAAAAUUCUUUUCAAGAACUUCAUGCUUCAAUCUGAUUCAAUAGCCAAUAGAAAUAAAGCAAACGCAGUUUAACCCGUUACCCAACAAUAGUGUACCUUUGUCUAUUGUGACUUGACUAAAACAUCAAAUGUGGAUCAAUGUAAGUGUCUGAUCGCACCCACCCCUCCCUUAACCCAACAACAGUCAACUGAUGACAAGUUAGAGUUAAUGUUUGGUUACGGGAGGGUUAGGUGCGUAGUUACACAGAUAUUGACAUUGAUCCACAGAUGUGAUGAGCGAAAUGAAAUAAGUAACCGUGGAGAGCAUAUACACGCGUGUGAGAACAUGUACACGCGUGUGAGAACUUGUACACUGCGUGUGUCAUUUUAAAGAUACUCUUUGUUUUCUUUUCUUAUCUGUAUGCUAAAUUUUCUCGGCAAAUUUCAUGAAGAAAAGGUACAAAUGAUUCGAUUGUGUGAACCAAUUUUUUUUUUAUUAUCUCAUCACAAUUAGGUAACAGCUCUUCCUCUCACCUGAUAGAUAUAUUAUAAUAAUAAUAAUAAUAAUAAUAUUUAAUACUUAUAUUGCGCUUUUUCUAUAAAAAUACUCAAAAGCGCAUUACAAUAUUAUUAAAAACUAAAUUAAAACCAGUAAAAUUACUCGGUAAAAUUACAAUACUACAAUAUUAACAUUACAAUAUUAAAAAAAAUAAAAAAAAUAAAAAUAAAAAAUAAAUAAAUAAAUAAAUAAUCUAACUAAAAGCCUUUUUAAAUAAAUAUGUUUUAACAGAGCGUUUAAAAGAGUCGAUUGAUGUUUCCUGUCUAAUUGGCAGAGGAAGACUGUUCCAUGAAAAGGGGGCAGCCAUCGAUAACGCGCGAUCUCCCAAGGUCUUCUUCGUUCUUAGCUGAGGUCUUUCUAACAAUAUACCAUUAUUGUUACGGCGCAGUUGGUAACGUGAGACCGGUAAGACAGAGACAAGAUCCUUAAGAUAGCUAGGCGCAACACCAUAUUCCGGUGGACCGAGCAAUUCGGCUUUUUGUAUAUUGCGUACAUCCUUCUUAUAAUGACGUCACUCUUUGGUAACUGUGCUUUAAUUCACAUCAUUCGCACAAGACCCUUAAUGAAAACAGCCACGAAUCGUCUCAUACUCAAUCAAGCUUGCGCAGACUUGUUUACGACGCUGUUUGUCAUGACCGCCAUGGUCAGAGAUACCCUGUUCCUGAAACAGUGGUUUGGUGGUACCGGAAGUCUGACAGCAUGCAGGUUCACAGUGCGGGUUACCUAUAUUCCACCGUUUUGCUCCGUGUGGACCUUAACCGCUAUCGCCGUUGACAGAUACUUCGGGGUCACUUACCCUUUGCAGGCCUCCCCGAUAUCAAAACAUUUCAGACUUUUAAUUGCAGCCUUGUGGAUCUGGGCAGUGGGCUCAGCUGCUGGAAUGCAAACUAUGGUGAACCUUGAGUUCAUCGGCAACAAAGUUUAUUGUGCGACUGAUUACUUGCACAUCAAAUUCACGGCGGGGAAUGUAACAGCGCUGUGUCUGCUCCUGUCAAACUUCAUUGUGCCUCUUGUGGUCAUGACAGUGUUCUAUGGCAUUGUGUGUUUACGCCUGUGGUCACGUGAUCCACCCGGUGAGGAAGCCAAUCAGGAUGAGAGACACAAAGAGGCUAUCAAGACAGCCAAGAAAGUAACCCAGAUGAUGAUUAUUGUUGUAGUUCUGUUUGUGUUGUGUUGGUUUCCUUUUCAGUUUUUUGUUGGUUUGGACACUUUGCAUAGGAUCACUUUGCCAUAUCCUGCACUGAAGUUUGUAGUGUGGCUGUCAAACGCUUACAGUGGAAUUAACCCUUUUGUUUAUUUCUGUUUCAACACGAAUUUCAGAAAGGAGUUGAGGGUUUUAGUUGGAAAAUGCUUUAGCAGGCCAAAGUGCUGCACCAAUGUCUAA